AUGGCCUCACCGCCAGUCCGCCGCGGCCACGCUGCCAUUGGGGCCAUGAUCAGCGACAUGGGGCCAUACCUGCCGCCUGACACCGUCGAUCGCCCUGGAUACAAGCACUGCCGAACCACCUACGGGCUUCUGACCACCACAUACAAGCGCGCCGAAAACUCAGACACACCCUCGAAAGUCUACAAGGAGCUGCAGCAACUCGAAAGCGAACUCCGGCGCCGGCUCCAGAAUCUGAAUGCUUCGAAAGGCAUCCCAGCCAAGAUGACACAGUUCCUGGACGAGCUGAAGGCCGCUCUUGAACUCGCCUUGAGCGAGGGCGUGGAUGCGGACUUCUUGAUCGAGGGAAUCUGCGAUCUGCUGAAGGAGAAGCCCGAGAAUCAGCCUGCGCCUAAGCCGGAGCGGGUCAGGAUGGUGCCGGAGACCAAGUACAAGAGGGUCAAGGCCGAGCUGGCGGAGGCGAACAGGAAGAUUCAAAAGCUGAACGAGGAGAACAACUCUUUGAUCAUGUAUGUCAGGAGGCUGGAGGCAGGGCGUCGACAGCAGGGAACGUGA